UCACGCCGCGGCUGAGGCGAAACUGCUCGAGCACGUGCGGGACUUCGCGCACGCGGGCGACCACGUCGAGCUCGAGGGCUGGGGCCAGACCGCGAAGCACGCGCUCCACGCGCCCUCGCUCCUCACCGAGCCGGCGCCCGCGCCCGCGCCGGGGCCCGCGGCGCCGCCGCCGUCGUUCUGGGACGUCGUCAAGUCCGCGGCGACGAAGCUCGUCGACAAGAGCCACGAGGUCCACGGCACCGCGGAGUACGACCGGAACUUCCGCGCCUGGGUCAAGAAGCGGCGCGAGGGCGACGAGUCGUCGCUCGAGCCGCUACGCAUCGAUGAACCGCGGGGGGGGAGCGACGGCCUACGCGAGCUGCUGAUACGCAUCAAAAGCCCGACGCGCCUCUACGACAACAUCGAGAGCGAGCUCCUGCGCGAGCAACUCGUGGGAACGUCGGCGGAGUCGCCCGCGGAGGCCUUCGUCAAGCGCCUCUUCAAUCCGUCGACGGCCUCGCAGUCGAAGUUCGAGGAGCUCCUGCGCGCGGCGACGGCCGAAGCGAGCCUUGCGGCGACGGCGACCCAAGCCAAGGAGUCCGCGCUGGAGAACGAGGACCUGCGCGAGCAACUCGCGGCCUCGGAGGCAGCCGUCGCGGCGCUCCAUGCGGACCUCGCAAACAACCAGAUCGACGGCCCGAUCCCGCCCGAGAUCGGCCAGCUCACGGCGCUGCAGUACCUCAGCUUCAACGACAUCACCGGCACGUUCCCGAGCGACCUCUGUGACGUCCUGACGUCUUGCUACGCCAAGACCGACAAUCCCGACCUCGUCGCGCCGUACCUCGACUCCAACAAGAUCACCGGCCCGAUCCCGCCCGAGAUCGGCCAGCUCACGGCGCUGACGUCCCUGCGAACGCAGCCCGUCGGCGACAGCGUCAAAGCCCCGAAGUGCAAGAAACUCAAGAGCGAGGACGAGUGCAAGGCGAACAAGAAGACGUGCAAGUGGAAGGGCGACAAGUGCAAGGACAAGUCGUCGACCCCGAAGUGCAAGAAACUCAAGACCAAGGAUGAGUGCAAGGCGAACAAGAAGACGUGCAAGUGGGCGAAGGACAAGUGCAAGGACAAGCCGUCCAAGUCCAAGACCCCGAAGUGCAAGAAACUCAAGAGCGAGUACGAGUGCAAGGCGAACAAGAAGACGUGCAAGUGGGCGAAGGACAAGUGCAAGGACAAGCCGUACAAGUCGUCGACCCCGAAGUGCAAGAAACUCAAGACCAAGGAUGAGUGCAAGGCGAACAAGAAGACGUGCAAGUGGAAGGGCGACAAGUGCAAGGACAAGUAG